AUGUUCCUUCUACUGACCAUACUCCAAGCCUUGGCUGUAGCCAUUGUCCAGAGCCAAGGAGAUCAUAAAAUUAUCGGUGGCUACACCUGUGUCCAGAACUCCCAACCAUGGCAGGUUGCUCUGCUGUCCGGACCUGGGAGGAGCUUACUGUGUGGAGGAGUCCUGCUGUCAAACCAGUGGGCCAUCACUGCUGCUCAUUGUGCUCGCCCGAUUCUUCACGUAGCCCUGGGCAAGCACAACAUAAGAAGGUGGGAAGCGACUCAGCAGGUGGUGCGUGUGGUUCGCCAGGUGCCACAUCCCCAGUACCGACCUCAGGCCCAUGACAAUGACGUCAUGCUGCUGAAGCUGCAGAAGAGGGUGCGGCUGGGGCGAGCAGUGAAGACCAUCUCUGUGGCCAGCUCCUGUGCCAGGCCAGGGACUCCCUGCCGAGUGUCAGGCUGGGGGACCAUAGCCAGUCCCAUUGCCAGGUACCCCACCGCUCUGCAGUGUGUGAAUGUCAACAUCAUGUCGGACCAGGUAUGCCAACAAGCCUACCCUGGAACCGUAACAUCUGGCAUGGUCUGUGCCGGAGUCCCGGAAGGCGGGAAAGACUCCUGUCAGGGUGAUUCUGGGGGACCCCUGGUAUGUGGGGGACAGCUCCAGGGCCUUGUGUCCUGGGGAAUGGAACGUUGUGCUAUGCCUGGCUUCCCAGGAGUCUAUGCCAACCUGUGCAAAUACCACAGCUGGAUCCAGAGGACAAUGCAAAGCAACUGA